GUCGAAGGUCUGGGAAGUGCUUCCUGGAGCACGGAGGCGGUUACAAAUCACGUGACAGCGGCUUUUAGAGGAACCUGUGUCAGAAGCUGUCUUCUGAAGUGACAGCUCAGGGAACGGGGCAGCCCAGGAACCCAGGCGUGGAGAUUGAUCCUGCGAGAGGAAGGGGUUCAUCAUGGCGGAUGACCUAAAACGAUUCCUGUACAAAAAAUUACCAAGUGUUGAGGGGCUCCAUGCUAUUGUUGUGUCAGAUAGAGAUGGCGUGCCUGUCAUUAAAGUGGCCAAUGAUAAUGCUCCAGAGCACGCUUUGAGACCUGGUUUCUUGUCUACUUUUGCCCUUGCAACAGACCAAGGGAGCAAACUUGGACUUUCAAAAAAUAAAAGUAUCAUCUGUUACUAUAACACCUACCAGGUGGUUCAAUUCAAUCGUUUACCUUUGGUGGUGAGUUUCAUAGCCAGCAGCAAUGCUAAUACAGGACUAAUUGUCAGCCUAGAAAAGGAACUUGCUCCAUUAUUUGAAGAAUUGAGACAAGUUGUGGAAGUUUCUUGAUCUGGCAGUGGUUUCUAUGUAUACCUUAUCUUCAUUAUAUCAGACAGUAUCAAUCCAGCAAUCUUUAGACCACAACAACACUUGUAUCCGUGUACUCAAGAAAGGGCCCCUUUUUCCACCUUACACUAGAGAAAGAGCCUAUAGAUAGAAUUUACGGACAGAUUGAUUGUUAUCUUUUUUUGUGUAGGGCCUUUUCCUAUUUGUGAGAUCUGGGGAUUGCACAGAAAUGGUUCAAUCUAUCACAGCUCCUAUGGAGUUAGUCCAGUCACCAAAUAUGCAUGAGAUUCUAUUCGGUGGCUCAGAAUCGAAAUGAUACUUUGACCCACUUGAGCCAUGGAGUGCUCCCUAUUGGACAGUAUGCCAGGCCUGCAGAAUAAGCAGACUCUUUUUAUUGUGAAUAGUGAGGACAUAUUUUUCUUCGUAUUAUUUUAUUUGCAUUGAGAGGAAGAUAAAAUGGCUUAGUAAAAGUAAUAAAAUCAGUGCAAUCGCUAA